UGCAUGCUUUGGCGUUGACGUCUUCCUUGUCUGCACCGGGGAAUAAGGUACAUGUGCCUUGCGGCAAAUUCCUUGACUAAAAAAAGAAAAAGCAGUGACAGGCGGGGCAUUUUUUUCCUACCGCCACCCGAUUCAUAGCCCUUGCCCCGUAGAGGUUUGAGCCAUAACACCUGGGGCUAACCAACCAACCAAAUGCUAUGGGCGUCGCGCCAACUAAGGAAGCGACCUAUUUCUUUAGAAGUCAUCGCGCUCUUUCCACCGUGUUGCUCAGGUUUCAAUAAAAGGUGUCUCAGGGCCCCUUUAAUGAGGUGAUCUGGUACGAAGUGUGGCCCCAUUCAUUUGACGCUUGUGACGGUGAAGUUUACUUUGCUCAAAAGUAUUUAAAGCUUUAGGCAUGAUCUAAGAUCGAAUUCAGAUGUGCACUUCGGAGUGGGCUAUUUAAUUGCGAAUAUCUUAAAGCUUUGUAUAUUAAGAAAUGCUCGGGUGCCACACUUUGAUGACAGCCAUGACGGCACGGCAAUGCACACCGCGACGUAAUAGAAGCGACGGAACCUAGGUGCCCGCAUUUUUUCGGCACAUACGUAGCUUCAGGCACAUGAGGGCUCGUGCAUGCAAGUUCACUUGCUAUAGCCGAACAGCCUGCUACAGUUGGACGCGCCGACUGCGGGGGGACACCAGCUUCGCUCAGCCUGAUGCUUUUCUUGAUUCGGCCACCCAAUGUGCUUGAACCUCGUUUCGUUCUGAAUAGGUUGUGAAUACUCAUUGUCGGUUCAGGUUCGGCUGGCGUUCAGGUAAGCUCUAAAAGUAUUGGUUUCGGGUUCGGGCUAAGCAUCGGCCAAAGUUUCGCUUCUAGUUAGGGUUCGGUUUGCCAGCCCAGUAAUAACUGUUUGUCAUCGUCAGCCAAACGGCCAUCGCUAAUACGGUCGCUAACAUGAUUGGCCCGCACUGGGUUCUUACGAACCCGCUCGUGUACACCCAGCGACAAAAUAUUACGGUCCAUGAAAUCUGAGAAAAAGCUGAAUAUCUCCGUAUCCUCACAAUGCAGCCUGGUAUUUGCAUUUCGGGCCUGGGCUAGAAUAUGCUAGCUACAUUGUCGUAUGCAGUUUUACUGGCUACAGCAACAGGCUGCUCGGGAAUUGAACGUUUUCUGAGGUCCCGUGGUCCAGAAACUUUUGUCGCCGGGUGUACCUAUAAGGCCUGGCUGAAAGAACAGUGCAUUUUGCUCAUAAGCAAUGUCUUCGCUAGUAGUACGUUUUCUAUAAUAAUCGGUGGGGCCGGCCACUAUACGUGCCACUCAAGCGAGCGAACUACUUAGGGACCCCCUAAGGACCAGUACAUCUAAACGGCCUCGACUUUGUGAGAAUGACCUGCCAUAUGCCGACGUCUUCGCUGUCAUGCAGGCUGGUAUCAAGACUAUAGCUGUUACCCCUAUUCAUGAAUUGUCGUCACGUUCGAAUGGCCUUACGGAUGCAGCCAGCGCUCGCCGAGUCCUAUUACGCAUGUAAACCUACAGUCUUGAAAACUCGCAUCGUGCCGAUUUCCUAACGUUUGCGGCGCGCUUGAGCAACAGCGGAGACGCCUCACGCAUGCCGGCACCGCUUUGCUCACUAUAAGCCGUAAUCAAGAUGCCCACGAAGACACGUCACUGCCGAACUUGCGGUCUAAGCUUGUAACAGCACCGACGACGGGCUUUCGAUGACACAGCUGGCUUUCGCAUGUUAUAUGAGUAGCGCAGAAACCGUCAUAGCCGCUCCUUUUAUUUAUUCCUGGCUUCGGUGCUUCGCUUUACGAGGCGCCCCUGCGCGACGAUGCUUGUUUUCUGCGUGGCCAAGUCGUCGGUGGGUCGUGCGUAAACUUCUGACGGCUGUUCAGCGAGCGGAUAUCUCUUGCACCUUAGCGCUCUCCCCCUGCUUGUUCCGCCACGCCAUGAGUCGCUUCGGGCGCCAACAGUACUGGUGGCUCUUCGUCGCCACCACUGUCUGUCUGCACGUCUUUGGGUUGUGCUUGGCCGAAAACAGGGAGGAGAGAAACCUCGCAGACAGCACAGGUUCCAUUGUUGAUGUAAACAAGCUUUCGAAAGUUCUUUCGGAUAUCGCCUAUGCUGGAAAGACAGUUAAAGAUGCUUUGUCGAAAGCGUGGCAAAGUGUGUCCAAGCUAAAGAUCUUCCAAAGGAAACACAAGAAAGUGCUGGAGCCCAUCGUUCCUGCAGAGCCAUGAAUGCAAGCGAGCAGAAAUAAACUUCGAGGAGCUCGACGACUGUUUUGUUCUGUGGGAUAUUCAUUCUUAAAAUCACGCCAGCAGUGAUUUAAAGAACUUGCGAGGGCGGUUGGCUUGCGAGCGGGCAAGUAUGGCCAGA